AUUGAGAAUCGCCCUGAAGCUGCUGCAGGGACUGGAGUUUUACUAGAUUCAUUGAUGGAUCCGAAGGAAACUUCAACAGGCUCAUGGAAAUUCAGCAAGAAAGGUACAGACUACCAAAUCAUUUCAGUCCUCUUUUUAGCUCUGCCUUCAGGAGGUGUUGGCUCAGAGAUGAAAUUCAUGGAAUUUUGUGUUGUACUUGGCUUGUCCAGAACCUCGAGGGCUGAAGGUCCAGGGAAGGUUUCCUUUAGCCCCCUGAAGAACAGCUCACUGGACAACAGUCUCAGAAAGACUGUGGGUGUGGAUAUCAAGGAUCAUCUGCCCUCCUACAGGAAAUUGUCUCCACACUUGGGAUUGCCAUUGCAGCUUGAAGAUCAGACCCAAACUUUAGGGACCAGUGUCAGCCCUCUGGUUUCUGAAUCUGGACUGAGUCGGCUGGUGUUCCAGCGUGACACGCGCUCUGCACAGACUAUCAAACCAGCCAGCACACACUCUUCCAUGGUCAGUGAUACAUCAGUGCACUACAUCAAUGACCAAUUGGCUAUCAAUGUAGCGGUUCAUCCGGUACUGGCCACCUCCAAAGGUGCCAUUUCUUACUCGCACACCCAAGAGCAGCAAGAGCCCGCCGUGUCCAGCCAGGAGGAGGUCCACCCCCUGAUGGAGACGCUGCAGAACUCCAGUCCCAGUAGUGCCAGCCAGCGGCUCGAGAGCUUGCGGCGACAGCAGACUGAUGAUAAGCUGGAGAAACUGAAAGAACGCAUUCGCAAGCAGCGUGAGCACCUCGAGGAGGCUGGAGAGAAGAAGGAGUCACUGGGCAGCUUGGAGAAGCCUCUGGGCACCUCUGGUCAAACCUACACGCAGUCCAGCAGCACUAUACCGUCUGCACAUGUCCGUAAAGUCAUCACAGCUCCCCCUGCUCCUGUUUAUAAAGGAUUCAACACCACGGAGAUUAAGAUUCACAGUUCUGAUGGGAAGAUUGGCCAAGAGGAGGACUUCACCAGGCUGAGACGGGAGAUCUACAAGGACCUGACACGCCAGCUCACAGGAGAGAGUACCAAACAGAAGGUGCGCUUCAGGGAGCGUGUGAAGGGCAAGAAGCCAGUCAAACCUGUUAGAAAAGUCCACAGGUCACAGUCUGUCCCUGACUCUGAGCCCAAGCCUGCAUCCAUCAGUACGUCCACAUGGCGUGAAGGGCAGAAGGUGGUGAAUAUGAUCCUAGGGCCUCCACUGCAGCCCCAGCGCACCUUCAUGUCGGAGUCUGGAGAUCGGAGGGCCAGGACAGGUAAUUUGGAGCGACCACCUAGCGGUGCACCAGUGCAAGAUAAUCUAAACCCAGGCAAGAAAACUGAAGAUGGGAAGAGUCCUGUAGUCUCCUGCCUGCAGCUCUCAGCUGAUUUCCAAGGCAUCCUGGACGACCUUCAGAUGGAUCCGUCUCCUGGGAAGCAUGUGGAGAAGUUCGACCAGAAGCCCGUCACCUCUAGAGGAGGAGCAGCGGCGCACUCCGGCUGCAGCGGAGUCAAUCACACCGGCGGUCCAGCCAAACCCUCCUCCUCCUCCUCCACGGAGGCCCUCAAACCCGAGCCGGCCAGAAGAAAGCGCCACUACGACUCUGUUGCGGUGCGCCAGUACAUCUCACGGCAGCAGACGGAGCGCCGGCGGAGGCAGACGGAGGAGCGGCGCAGCCAGCAGGAGGAGUCGGACCGGAGGAACCAGAGGCUCCAGCAACUCUACAGGAAACAGAAGCAAGGCUUCACCAGGCCACCCGCUGACGCCACCACCACCCUGGAGUCUACACACAGAUCUCUGCUGGACACCUACACUAAACUGCUGCCAGAGCAGAGCCAGCUCGACAUGAUGGAGGUCCCCCUCUCUCCUUACAGCAGCACCUAUCAGCAGAGACCUCUGUACCAGCCCUCCAAUGAGUCGGAUAAGGAGAAUAAACAUCAAAAUCGACCCCGAAGUCCAUCCAGCAGUGACCUCUCUGUGCCUGAGCAGCAGCAGCCUCCAGCACCAAGGAAUGAACUAGGCUUACCAGCAAGGUCAUCCUGGGUACAACAUGAUAGGCAGUGCUCUUCACCAAGAGGAAGUGUGGCCAUCCCUUUAGUGACGUCACCUACCCGAACAUUUCCCCGGUGGCUGGAUGAAGAGUACAAGCCCUCUGCUCCCAGUGUCUCCUGUCUGCAUGCGUCAGCAGCUCUCCCCAACUCUCUAGCCAGCAUGACCAGCAGAGUGAGCCGUCUGGAGGUCUUGAAGUCUACAGCCACAUCCCUCUCCAACCGAAUCGAGAGUGAGGCCCGCAAAUUGCUACUCACCUGUAAGGGCGGCCAGAGUUCAGAGUUGGGUGCAGACUUGCCAAAUCACUGGGCUAGAGUGGCGGCCGGCUCUAGUAUUGGCACUGUGGCGAAGCCAGAAUCCCCGGAGGAGGAGAACAUUCAGAAGCUGCUGUGUUUGGGCCUGACCUCCUAUGAUGGACCUCUUCCUGGAGUGGGACAUUUGGGCGCCGCCUUCAGAGAAUCGCAAGAACGAGCGGCAGACACGGGAAAAGGUGCAAUGACUCCCGGCACUGCAGACUCCGUCUUGUCCAGGCAACGGGAAGGCAGCCGAGGGCAGGCUGAAGAAGAACCAAUCAUGUCCUCCCACCACCAUAACCAUUACGGCUCCAAUGAGAGCUCCAUCAGCGAGGGCAGUCUGGCGGAGUGGAGGGCCGCUUCCCAGCAGCCAACCAAACCAUCCUUGCAUGUUGCACUUCUAGACAUGGAGCGCGUUCAGCCGGAGAGCACUCCUUUGCACAACAUCUCUGUCUUCAGUAGUGGGACAGAAACAUGCAGACUGUUCAGCAGUACAAUACCUCAAGAUCUGGAUGCCAGUAUGGCUGCCUGGAGAGAACUGACCAAGGGUAGUCCUCACAGCGUCAUCAACAUCUUCACCAAGAAUCUUCCCAGCAGCAGCAGAGUGUCUAAGGGGAGAAGUGGGAGAACCAGUCCUGUGUCCUGCCCUGGUCAUCCAGAAGGCCUUUAUGAGAAUAACAUCUCCUCACCAGGCAGUAACACCAAUGGCCACCCAAUCAUCAGGACUUCAAGCAGACACAGCAGCAGCGUAGUAAACCACCAUGAAAGCAGUCCUCAAGAAGACUCGAAGCGUCAGAAGUCAGGCACACAGUCCUAUUCCUCAGUGGGCUCUCCAGUAUCAUCUUCCUUCUCUUCUCCUAGUUUCCCAGACAUGGAUGGAAAUGUUGAUGUGACACUGGUGGGGGGUCUGGGCGGCGACUGGUCUCCUGUCAUCGAUCCUGGAUCUUUGGGCUCCGUGAAGGAAGGCGCUGAAGGGAACUCUGCUCACGGUUCUCUUAACGGCUUGGACCCCGACAGCAGAGCAGGGAGUGCUUCAGUCUACGCGUCGCACAGCUUAUUUGUACACAGUAAGACCAGCCAAAGAAGGACGGUGUGCCCUCCGAGCUCCUCAGCUGCCUCUGGUCCUCCUCCAGCCUCCAAGGGCAGCGGCCUCACUGCUGGAGAUGAAGGUGCUGUGGAAUCAUCUCCUCCCAGCCGGGCCCUUCCCAGCACUUCAGCCAUCUUUUCAUCUCCUGCCCCCAGCAGUCAUGGUGCUGAACAAGUGGGGAACACUGCAGGUGGGCUGCAGUGUGCUCCAGGUGCCUUACAGCAGCGCAUGGCAGCAGAGCUCAUGUACCUGGACUCCAUCGAGGAGUCCAUACGACAGCUCAGUGAUGUGGAGCGGAUACGUGGCGUGUCCUUGGCUCAGCAGGAGGUCUUCUCCCUCGCUCACGUCCUCAAGUCCCAGCAACAGGCUCACGAGCUGGACCUGCACCGGCUGAAAGUCAAAACCCAGCAGGAAGCCUUUGAAUCUCAGAUAGAGCUGGAAAAUAUACAGCAGAGAGAAACACAGAUAGCCAGGGGUCUGAGUAUUCAGGCAUCCACCAGCACAUCCCACUGUGACGAGUCUCAAUACACUUACCAUAAGCAGAUCCCAACCUCCUCCAGUACUCUCAGCGGAGGGCACAGUGUCAGCGGAGGGCACAGUGUCAGCGGAGGGCACAGUGGCAGCGGAGGGCACAGUGGCAGCGGAGGGCACAGUGGCAGCGGAGGGCACAGUGGCAGCGGAGGCCACAGUGUCAGCGGUGCUCAGGGGAGCUCCCCUCUUCCAUCAUUUGAGCAGAGGCGGGAUGUUGCUGUGAGAAACUCUAUUGCUGGCAGUUCAGUUUUGGAGGAGGCCCAUCUUGCAGCGGACAAUUCCACUCGCAGCGACAGCAUACCCUCCCUUCAGGAUGACAAAGAUAGCAUGUCAGUGGCCACGGAGUACUCUCUGAAGUUUGACGAGUCUAUGACUGAAGAUGAGAUCGAGGAGCGAUCCUUCCGAUCGCUGCUGCCCUCGGAGUCACACCGGCGCGGUACGCUGGAGAACAAGCAGAGCCGGCACGAGUCGGAAGAAGAGCCCGCGCCCGACAUGGCUAUCUCUCUGGAUUCUUCCAAGGUGCUUCAGCCAGACCACAGUAUCCCGUUCUCCAGUGGGCAGAACAACUUCUCCAGGUUCACCAUGGACAUGGUGCGGCAGUACAUGAAGGAGGAGGAGGUGCGUGCCCAGCACCAGAGCUCUCUGCUGCAGCUCCGCCAGCGGGCACUGAAGGACAAGACUCGAGCAGAGCUGGCAUGGCUGGAACACCUCAAAAGACGUCUCCGGGAUAAAGGAGAAGAUGACAAGAUGCCACCGAUCAGGAAGAAGCAGAGAGUGUUGUUACUGAAGCUGCAGCAGGAGCAGGCCGAGAUUAAGAGACUUCAGGAGGCCAAUAAAGCGGCACGUAAGGAGAGACGACUGCUGCUGCAACAACAGGAGGAGAUUGAGCGCAUGCACUCCACCACCCAUAGACUACGAGAGCGCUUAAAGAGUGCUUGCCAUCUGGAGUCCUCCAGCUUUGAGACCACAGAGGAGGCUGCCCCUUCCAAUGUGACCAUGACUGAUGCCAACUCACGCAGCGCCUCUCCAGUCUCUGUGUCGGGGAGUGAGACCAGCAGCAUCAUGCUGAAGAAGAUGCACUGCCACAUGGAUGACAAGUUCCUGACGAAGAGAGAGCAGCAGCUGAAGCAGCGGCGCAGCUACGCAGAGGAGCUCCUGCAGUGGAAGCAGCGUCUGGACUCUGAGGAGAGAGAGAUCCGCAGGAUGGAGAGGCAGGCCGUGGCUGCCUGGGAUAAUGAUAUGCCUGAAGUCACCCCACACCAUAAAGAUGCUGUCGAGCCGGAUGCAUCGGCAGAUCUGUCAAUGUACAGUGGACCCUCCGACCUUCCCUUGCCUGAGAAGCUGACUGGGCAUUCUGAAGCGUCCCAAAGUCAACACAGCAGUCCGCAAGCAGGUGUUGCCUCGUCCCAGGAGUCUGAUAUCUCUGAAAGAAUCCUGUCUCCUUCAGGGGAAACGUCUAGCCUGUCCCAGCACCUGGAGGGUAGCGUGGGGCAGUCCCAGCACCUGGACGGCAGCGUGAGGCAGUCCCAGCACCUGGAGGGCAGCGUGAGGCAGUCCCAGCACCUGGAGGGCAGCGUGAGGCAGAUCUACUCUACUGACCACAGGACUAGUGAUCAGAUCUCAUCUGGGAAAAAGUCAACAUCAGAUCAGAGCAGUAUUGAGAGCCGGAUCUGGGCUCUGAAGGAGGAACUGAGAAAGCGCAAAACUGUUGUGCACCAGCUGAAGAAAGAACAGAAGAAACGGCAGAGAGAGCGCCUGAAGGCUCAGGAGGCCAAUCUACUGAAACAGCUAGAGUCAUAUAAUGACUUCAUUAAGAAGACCAAAACAGAGUUAAGUGAAGACCUCGAAAGCACAUUGACAACUAAACCAGAUAUCAAGAAGCUUACAACAGAAAAACCAAGAAUCAAACCAUCUCCACCCCAGAGAUCAGAAGCAAGCAACAACUUAAAGUCUCAGGAAACUGACAAGACCAUCUCAGAUUUUCAAGAUAAUAGUGCCGUUGUAACCUCAUAUGGAUGCCAGUCGGGCUCGGGCCACGAGGAGGGUUUGUCUGAUGAAGAUCCCCCCACUGUGACUCCAACACCAGUUUUAGGAAGUCCAGACCACUCUAAUAGUCCAAAGAAUCUGGUGUCACCUGAGCCUCACCAUAGGCAGACAUCUUUGAAUGCAUUAUCCACAGUACAAUCUGCCAGUGCAAACCUUGGCUCUCACCAGAGAGCAGAGUCAACUGUUGAGAUCGACUCUUUGAAGUCUGAAAAAUCCAAGAGUGAGCACUCCUACGCUCACCACUCAGAUCAUCUCUCGGAUGUCCUUCUCCAUCUGGAGGUUGUUGCAGAGCCUGAGGUGCCUUCACUGAGCAGCAAGGACCUGGCUGAAGAGUCCCGCAGAGAAAAUGGCCAGAGUGGUGCUUCUAAACCGAGGUCUGAGGAUGGCGUUAACGAUGGUGCAGAUGAUGUUAAAACCACAUCCUACUUACCAAAUCAAAUGGCCUCAACGGAGCAGAAAACCUGGGGCCAGACCAAGGCAUCAUCUCCCCCAGCUGAUGGUUAUAAUGAUGAUUUUGAGUCCCUGGCCGAGUCCUCCCUCGUGGCUUUGGGCAGAAAUUCUAUGCUCUCCACUCUAGAAGAGCAAGGAAUGUCAUGUCACAAGUCUGUAAGAAAUAGUAGCGAGGAUGAAAUUGGUGAAGAGUUUACCUCAAAAUCAGAAUUAAUUAGUGACAUCCACUCUAAUCAUCUGUUCGACCUCAACAGCCAAACUGCGAAAUCUUUAGAUCAGGACAGAGAAGAGGACUUCAUCUCUAAAAUGUCCACAGAGUCAUCUACUUCUAAUUCACAGGUCUUGUCAGCGGUGGACAAAAUGGAUGCUUUCAGCAUCGGGGAUAAAGUCCUUGUAAGGAAUCUUCAGCUCGGUGUUUUAAGGUUCAAAGGCCAAACUAGUUUUGCCAAGGGGUUCUGGGCUGGAGUGGAGCUUGACCAAUCAGAAGGAGAUAAUAAUGGAACCUGUGAUGGUGUGGUGUACUUUGAAUGCAAACCAGCCCACGGUGUCUUUGUUUCUCCCAAUCAUAUUUCUCACCUGCCAGGGGUUUGUAAUGAUGAUGUUGAAACCACCGAUGACGAGGACUCUUUCUUUGAAGACGCGUCACGCAAAGACUCUUUGUUUGACGGCUCAAAGGAUCAAUUGCAGCAACAAAGCCAUGAAGUUGAUGGCGGCCAAAAAUCUGAUCAACUGUUUUACACCGGAGACAAAGGCCACUUUGAUCAAACCGAUGGAUCUUGUGAACUGCAAAACAAGCAAACCACGUUAGAGAAAGACUCUGUGACACUGACUAACUCUGACCUCAUUAUUGAUCACUCCAAAGAUGAGAAGUGCUCAUUAAUCAGUGUAGAAAGCAGAGCUAUAAACCUGGAUCGUGCUUCCACGGAUAACCAAAAUGUCCUUCUGUCUGCCAUGGGGAAGUUCAACUUGAAAGACCAGGCUCAGGAAGCGGAGCCUUCUGCUCUCCUUGACUCAGUAGACAAUGAGAAGGGUGUCUCAGAUACCGAGAUCUCUACUGAUGAAAAGUCUGAUGUUUCAAAGCCUUAUGAGAAGGAAAGCUUCGGCACAUUUGCAGAUCAGCUCUUCAAGAACUUUGUGUCAGUCAACGUGGAGCAAUACCAACAGAUACAAAAAGCUAAAGAAAAGAAGAUACAGGAUGCCAAUUUGAAGAAAGAUGAUUAUAGCUGCUUUACAGAGACACACAUGCCUUCAGCAACCAUAAAGAUGGAUACGUUUCCUUACUUUGAUGACGAGGAAGAGGAUAUAACAUCACCAGAACUUUACAACCAACAGGAGAGUCCUGUGUUGGAUGCAUCUGGGCAAUUGGAAUUGGCUAAACGUUUGGCUGAGCUGGAACUUAGCCGAGAACUGUUGGAUGCUCUAGGAGAAGAACCAGAUUGGUUUGAAGAGGAUUUCGGUCUUAGUUCUAGGAAAGAGCUAAGACAGAAACAGCUCCACCUGUGGCAGGAGGGAGGUAUUCCAGGUACUCUGAGCUCAGCACCAGGUGAGCAGGUGAAGACUCCUCCCAGGCCAGAGCUGCCUCUUCAAGCCAACAGAACCCCUGAGAGACCCGUCAUGAUUGUGCCUCACGGCGUGCUAGAGAUGGAGAAGCUUGUGUACGCUGCCACUCAGGAGAUCUGGGACAAGUGCAGAUUGGGAACGGGUAAACCACUGGCUGGAUCCCCCAGACCCCAGGCUUCUGUUGGGUUCUUAGGAGGGGAACCCGAGACUGAGGACCAGGACACUUACUGCAAGCAAAGCUACAAACAGGCUGUAUUUGAUUUAUCGUGGGAGGUCAUCAAGGACGUAUUUGCCAAGGAUCAUAAUGCAGAACAGCCUCAAUGGAAGAAGCCUCAGCGCAUCAAGUCGUCCCACUUUCAUGGAGUCAAAUGCACAGAGGACAUCCAAACAGUUCAGUCUUUUCUCACAGAAGAGGUGUUGAAGUUGUAUAACUUGAAGAGGGAGCACAACCAGAAGACCGACUGGCAGAAGAUGCUGAAGUUUGGCAGGAAAAAGCGUGACCGAGUUGAUCACAUACUGGUUCAGGAGCUGCAUGAGGAGGAGUCGCAGUGGGUGAACUAUGACGAAGAUGAGCUGUAUGUGAAGAUGCAGCUGGCGGAUGGCGUUUUUGAUGCCUUGUUAAAGGACACGGAGGAUGUGUUGUCCCAAAUUCAGGAGAGGAGGUCCAUCAGAGCCAUGUCCUCCUGAUAUCCACACGUCCUUAGAAGAACACUUCAUGUCUCCUUCCAGAUCAAUGUCCCGUCUGUGGACAAGGUUCUAGGUCCUUUGGCCACAGAUAAACAAAAACGAUGUUAACCUGACCUGGUCUUUCAAUCUUCAGUGUGUAGUUGGCUUUAUUACACCAAAACAGACCAAAUGAUUCUUGAAAUUAUACUGAUGUUCAACAGCACACUUAAGAUUUAUGUAAUCAUCAGAAGACAAAACAUCACAUGAACUUUUAACAUGAGAGGGAAAAGGGGCUGUUAACGUUUUGAAGUCCAUGGAGUGAUUUAUUUAUCAUUUAUAAGUUAAGUGAGGAGAUGGAGAGGUUUUAGAAAGGGGCUGUCAAAACGUUAAUCUAUGAAAUAUCUCAAGCCAAAACGUCACAUCUCUUUCUUACAAUGUGAACUCUCCCUAACAGUCUCUUGAGUUUUUCUCCUGAUUAAAAAGGAAACAGGAGAAACACGACAUCAGCCUAAAUGUCAUUAUUAUCAUUUAAUUAGGUCUGGUGACAUUGUCAUUAACCUCUAAAACCUUAGCCUUUAAAACAGCUCUCUUGUGUUCAGUGGUCUCAUGUCAGCUGAUUUUGAUUUCUGCCCAUCACUGGUGUAAUUAUGUCUAGAUUUUUCAACUGUAUUGAUCUAUUUACCUGUAUAAAAUGUGGAAUUGUUAAAACCUAGGUAAUGUUACUGUUAGAACAGGCCCCUGUCCUGGUGGUACAGCUAAUGUGGUUGAACUGCACACAAGGCAGGAGUUAGGGGGGUGUUUUUGUAUACUGUAGAAACAAUGGUGAUCAAGGGCUUCUCUUUUUUAUGAAUAAUUUGGGAACUUAAGCCGUGUGCUGUUGUGUAUACAUACAUAAUACAAUAAUUCUGUAUUAUGUAAGCAUUUAGACGACCUUGGACAAUAUCCUGAGAUGCUGCACUUGUUCUCAUUCAAAUCGGAUCAGUCCUUAAUUGUAUACUGUGUUCAUAAAAGAAAUGUCACCUGUAGAGGUUUGAACCUUUCUCUCUGAAAUGGAGUUAUGAAAAUUGUAUGAAAAGUUGUUGAAAAGUUCAGUUGUAUGAAAAUAUACAGCUGCACACCACUUGAAAUGUACAAACUUGUUCUUUUACUGCAUUAGACACACACACACACAUAUAUAAUAUACACAUAAUAUAAAUAUAUUGUCUUGGAUAUGUAAAUUGUUUCACAAAAUAUUUUUUGAAAAUGUAAAUAAAGUGGAUUUCUUGAA